UGUGGACUUUUUCGGCUUCAACGCAUGGGGCUAGUGCUAAGGUCUAUAAAAUGGACUAAUUUGAUAUGUGUAUAUUUAUGAUUUGAAGGUGAAGCAGAACCCUUUCUUUCCAGUUAUAUCUAUCCCUAAGCAUUGGGAGAGUAAUUUGGUUCAUAGCAACUCAAUUCAACCCACUAAUCACACACCAUGCAGGCCAGUGAUAGGUUUAACAUCAACUCUCAGCUCGAGCAUCUCCAAGCCAAAUAUGUUGGAACUGGUCAUGCCGAUUUGAACAGAUUUGAGUGGGCAGUGAACAUUCAACGUGAUAGCUAUGCAUCAUACAUUGGCCACUACCCUUUACUGGCAUACUUUGGUAUUGCUGAAAAUGAAUCUAUCGGAAGGGAACGCUAUAGCUUUAUGCAGAAAAUGCUCCUGCCUUGUGGUUUUCCUCCCGAAAGAGAAGAGGAUUAAUCACACUGUACAAUUUAUAUAGCCUUUAACAUUUUAUUGUGCUGUGUUAUCUGAUGGAGGAAACAGAUAGUUAUUUGUGACCUUGAUUACAUAUUGUAGUGAUCUGUCUUAAGGUUAUGGAUGUUUAAGUACUUGUUAAGUGUAUGACCCAUUGUUGGCAUGUAUAAUUGGUAGUUAAUAUCUGAGUUUGAUCAGAAUAUGUGGCAGGUUAUAAAUCAUACAUUUUAAUAUUACCACUCAGCAACGGAUUUUAUCUAUUAA